UGAAUAUAAUACCGUUAUGGAUAGAAUCACAUUUUAUGUGAAUCAAGAAAAAUGCUCCGUGGGUUCUGAGGUGGACUCGGACACCUCUCUGAAUGACUACAUCCGCAACCAUCUGAACCUGCGCGGUACCAAGUACAUGUGCAAGGAGGGCGGCUGCGGCGCAUGCGUCGUUGCAGUCACCGUCAACGAUCCCCACCGCAGGACAUUCUCUGUCAACUCGUGCCUGGUCUCAAUAACAUCAUGUCAAGACUGGGAGAUCACUACAAUAGAGGGGAUCGGCAACCGAGCGCGAGGGUACCAUCCCGUGCAGAAGACCCUGGCUGAGUACAAUGGCACCCAGUGCGGGUACUGCAGCGCUGGGUUCGUCAUGAGCAUGUAUAGUCUGCUAGAAGCAAAUCAUUACGACUUAACUCAAUAUGAGAUUGAGAACUCCUUCGGAAGCAACACUUGUAGGUGUACCGGCAGCAGACCUAUACUCGACGCCUUCAAAAGCUUCGCCAAGGACGCUCCCAAACCUCCUCCGAAAAUUGAAGACAUUGAAGAUCUAAAGAUUUGCCAAGGAAAGGGUGACUGUAAGGGAUGUCACAAAGAUAAGAAUUGGUGUAUGGUCAGUCAGAGCGAUGUUGAUCCUCCUCGGAUCAAGAAAAUCAAUCUGAAAGACGGUCACGUGUGGUACAGAGUAAAUGAGAUUGCCGAUAUAUUUACUGUGCUGGAUGCUGAGGGCUACGAGUCUUACAUGCUGGUCAACGGAAAUACUGGUCGAGGUGCUGUUCCAGUUCUGGUGCACCCGAGAGUAUUAAUAGACAUACAGCCAAUAAAGGAACUGAAAGGGUAUUAUUUAGAUCAGAACCUGGUCGUCGGCGCUGGUAUAACUCUGACGGACCUGAUGAAACUGUUCAAGAAGGUCUCGAAAGCUCACGAGGAAUUUCAGUAUCUGUUCAAACUUUAUGAACAUUUAGAUUUGGUCGCCCACAUUCCUGUGAGAAAUAUUGGUACUGUGGCGGGAAAUCUUAUGACUAAAUAUCGUCUAAACGCUUUCUCUUCAGAUAUUUUCUUAUUAUUGGAAACUAUUGGAGCUACUUUAGUUAUAGUGGGGAAAGGACCAAUAAUGGAAGUAACUCCAGAACAAUUUCUAUCAAUAGAUAUGACAGGACGAGUGAUAGCUCAUGUUAAGAUACCGCCGCGUUCUCAUAGAUACCAGUUUGUGUCUUUUAAGAUCAUGCCUCGUGCCCAAAACGCGCAUGCUCAAGUGAACGCAGCUUUUCUAUAUGAAUUCGAUGAGCACCAAAAAGAUGUCGUCCUAUCAGCCAGAAUUGUAAUUGGUGGACUGUCGGGGAAGUUUGUUCAUGCUACUGAAACCGAGAAGUUCCUUCACAUGAAGAAGAUAUUCACGAAUGAAGUGCUGCAGCAAGCACUGAAGAUACUAGAAGGUGAACUGAUAGUCGAGGAAAUUGCGGGCGAGAUGAAACCUGCGUAUAGGAAGAAAUGUGCGCUCGGCCUGUUUUACAAAAGUCUACUAGUACUUAUUCCGAAACAACGUCUCAAACCUUGGUAUCGUUCAGGAGCAAGAGACUUUAGAAAGACUAGACCACUGUCUAAAGGCUCUGAAGUCUACGACACAAAUCCCAUUAUAUGGCCAGUCAACGAACCGAUGCCAAAGGUUGAUGCAUUGGUACAGUGUGCAGGAGAAGCGCAGUACUGUAAUGACUUGCCAACACAACCCAAGGAAGUAUUUUGUGCUUUUGUGACGUCAGAUAUUGGCACAGGAGAGAUUGAGAGCAUCGAUGCUACUCCAGCUCUGAAAAUACCUGGCGUAUUAGCGUUCUUCUCAGCUAAGGAUAUUCCUGGCAAAAAUUCAUUCUUGUCGCAAAGAGUACCUGGUCAGUUAUUCCCUGAAGAAGUUUUUGUGGAAAAGACAAUUAAGUACUACGACCAACCGAUAGGAGUGAUCGUUGCAGAAACUGAAAGACUGGCCUACAGGGCUGCUUUAUUGGUUAAAGUUAAUUAUAAACUUGAUAAAAAGAAACCAAUCUUAACCAUAAAGGACGCUAGAGAGAGAGAACCGAGUCGUGUGUCUUUAUUUUUAAUUUAUCCUGCUAGAGACCGCGGCUUGAACGUGCAGCGAGUACUCAAAGGUACUGAUGAAAUCUAUGCACAGUGCGCUUACUAUAUGGAGUCACAAACUAGCGUCUCCAGACCUAGCGAAGAUGGUAUUGACGUGUACGCUAGUACGCAGUUUUUGGAUUCUUAUCAUACUGCGCUCUCUGAAGUACUUAAUAUUCCACAAAAUAGAAUAAACGUAACUGUCCCUCGAUGUGGUGGUGCGUAUGGUAUGAAAAUAACACGCGCAAACCAUAGUGGUGCUGCUUGCGCCCUGGUCACCCAUCUCAUGCAUCGCCCGUGCCGCUUCGUGAUGAGCAUGCAAUCUGACUUUAGAGUCACUGGCAAACGAUUACCUUGCACUAGGGAUUUUGAAGUUGGCAUUAGUUCUUCUGGAGAGAUUCAAUACUUGGAGUACCACUUGUACAGCGACAAUGGGUAUGUUGUCAGUGACCCCGUCAGCCCACUGCAGCUUGCUCCAAUCAGAAACUGCUACGAUAAUAGACGAUGGCAGUAUAAGAUAUUCACCGUCUUAACAGACACAGCUUCCAACACAUAUCUUAGAUCACCAGGUUCCUUAGAAACAAUAUCAAUGACAGAGCAAAUAAUGGAAAGGAUAUCAUACGAAAUAGAACGAGACCCCGUUCAGGUAAGAUUGAACAAUAUCGAACCAGCGUACGUCGAAGUGCAAGAAAUGGUACAGACGCUACUCAGAGAUGGUGAAUACAACAAACGUAAAGAAGAAGUUCAGAAUUAUAACAAAGUAAACAGGUGGAAGAAACGUGGACUGAGAGUAGCCUUCAUGAAUUGGCCAGUUCCUAUACUUUUGGAUUACCAUGUUUUGCUCUCCGUCUAUCAUGCAGAUGCAACUGUGGUGAUACACCACGGAGGUAUAGAAAUUGGACAAGGUAUUAACACUAAAGUUAUCCAAGCAGUAGCUUAUACUCUGAAAAUUCCAAUUGAAAAAGUCAGAUGUAAAGCACCUACAGCAGCAACUAAUCCCAAUAACUUCGCUACUGGAAGUAGCAGAACAACUCAGUCUGUAUGUUUUGGUGCUAUAAAAUGCUGCCAGAUACUUCUGGAUCGGUUGUCAGCUGUACGAGAUACUUUGAAUGAGCCUACUUGGGAAGUUUUAAUUGAAGUUGCCUUCAAUAGAGGAAUAAACCUUCAAACCAGCUACCGAGUCACUGCUAAUGAUCAGGUACCAUACAGGUCAGGUGGAGUGGCACUAACAGAAGUAGAACUUGACAUACUGACCGGAGAGCAUGAAAUACUAAGAGUUGAUAUUAUUGAAGAUGUCGGUACCAGCAUAAACCCAGAAUUAGAUAUUGGCCAGAUCGAAGGAGCCUUCAUGAUGGGAGUCGGCUACUGGACCCACGAGGAGCUGAUCUAUGAUGAGAAGACUGGAGAGCUGCUCACAGACCGCAGCUGGUACUACAAGGUACCUCUCACCAAGGAUAUACCAAUCGACUUCAGAAUACAGCUUAGGAGGAACUCUUACAACCCCAUCGGGACUUUGGGUGCAAGGGCGGUAGCGGAGCCCCCCACGUGCCUGUCCAUUAGCGUAGCUUUCGCUUUGAGAGAAGCCAUUGUGUCAUCGAGGGAAAACACGGGAUACCCCAGAAACAAAUGGUUUAGAGUAGACGGUCCCUUCACACUGGCUGCCAACGUCCUGUCUGCAGACGCGAAGCUAGAAGAGUUCUUGUUUUAUUAAUCGUUAAAUCAUUGUCAUCAUCUGUAGAUGUGUGGGAUUGGUGAUAAGUGUAUUCUAAUCUACUGUAAAAUACAGCACAUGCAAUACAGUAACAUGAGUUAUUUAGUUCAUGUGCAAGACCGCUGAAAAUUUUAUACUCUGUGUAAAAUUUUCAGCGGUCUUGCCAGUUUACUUAGUGGUUGGAAUGAACAUAAUGGGUGUCUUUAUAGCUGCGUGCAUAAGUUCCCAUUCGUUAUUGGUAGGCGUGCUAGAUGAGAUAGAAAAAAUGGUGGUGAAAGUGACAAAAGACCAAACAUCUGCUGAAAGGACAAUGUCGACGGAUAAGCAAUUCGGCUGGAAUUAGAACAAAAGACCAAGGUGGCAAGAUGGUUUCUUUUGAGGAGAUAUUCGACAUCAGAGAUUUUAGAUAGCUCUUAGAAAUAUUUUCAAAUUUAUUUUUUCACCAAUUUGCAUACUCGGGAAAUAAAAGGCUAUUU